GAUCCCUCCCCGGGUGCCGACGUCCCAGCUCCGCCCCUCGCCGCGCCGCUCCCUCCGCGUCGGCAGGCAGAGCUCGCUCAGCUCUGCGGACGCCGCCGCCUUCAUUACCUCCUCCUUCUCUCGCUGGUGUGCGAGGGUCUCGCCCGGCAGCGGCACUGCCCUGGGUGGGCGGCUGGGCCCGCGCGGCUGCUGAGCGCUCGGCGCGGGGAAGCCAGAUCCUCUGCCCGCGCGGCGCCGUGACAGGUGCAGAGUCUGGCCUGAAGACCCACCUGCGGUGGCCGCCGCGAUGCCCACCAUGCGGAGGACCGUGUCGGAGAUCCGCUCCCGCGCGGAGGGUUAUGAGAAGACUGAUGAUGUUUCAGAGAAGACUUCACUGGCUGACCAGGAGGAAGUAAGGACUAUAUUCAUCAACCAGCCCCAGCUGACAAAAUUCUGCAAUAACCAUGUCAGCACUGCAAAAUAUAACGUAAUCACAUUCCUUCCGAGAUUUCUCUACUCUCAGUUCAGAAGAGCCGCUAAUUCAUUUUUUCUCUUUAUUGCACUGCUUCAGCAAAUACCUGAUGUAUCACCAACAGGUCGCUACACAACACUGGUUCCUCUCUUAUUUAUUUUAUCUGUGGCAGCUGUCAAAGAGAUAAUAGAAGAUAUUAAACGACAUAAAGCUGAUAAUGCAGUGAACAAGAAACAGACCCAAGUUUUGAGAAGUGGUGCUUGGGAAAUUGUGCACUGGGAAAAGGUAAAUGUUGGAGAUAUAGUUAUAAUAAAAGGCAAAGAGUAUAUACCUGCUGACACUGUACUUCUCUCAUCAAGUGAGCCCCAGGCCAUGUGCUACAUUGAAACAUCCAACUUAGAUGGUGAAACAAACUUGAAAAUUAGACAGGGCUUACCAGUAACAUCAGAUAUAAAAGACAUUGACAGUUUGAUGAGAAUUUCUGGCAGAAUUGAGUGUGAAAGUCCAAACCGACAUCUCUACGAUUUUGUUGGAAACAUAAGGCUUGAUGGACACAGCACUGUUCCCCUGGGAGCAGAUCAGAUUCUUCUUCGAGGCGCUCAAUUGAGAAAUACACAGUGGGUUCAUGGAAUAGUUGUCUACACUGGACAUGACACCAAGCUGAUGCAGAAUUCAACAAGUCCACCACUUAAACUCUCAAAUGUAGAACGGAUUACAAAUGUACAAAUUUUGAUUUUAUUUUGUAUCUUGAUUGCCAUGUCUCUUGUCUGUUCUGUGGGCUCAGCCAUUUGGAAUCGAAGGCAUUCUGGAAAGGACUGGUAUCUCAAUCUAAACUAUGGUGGUGCUAAUAAUUUUGGACUGAAUUUCUUGACCUUCAUCAUCCUUUUCAAUAAUCUCAUUCCUAUCAGCUUGUUGGUUACAUUAGAAGUGGUGAAAUUUACCCAGGCAUACUUCAUAAAUUGGGAUCUUGACAUGCACUAUGAACCCACAGACACUGCUGCUAUGGCUCGAACAUCUAAUCUGAAUGAGGAACUUGGCCAGGUAAAAUACAUAUUUUCUGACAAAACUGGUACUUUGACAUGCAAUGUAAUGCAGUUUAAGAAGUGCACCAUAGCUGGAGUUGCUUAUGGCCAUGUCCCUGAACCUGAGGAUUAUGGCUGCUCUCCUGAUGAAUGGCAGAGCUCACAGUUUGGAGAUGAAAAAACAUUUAGUGAUUCAUCAUUGCUGGAAAACCUCCAAAAUAAUCAUCCAACUGCACCUAUAAUAUGUGAAUUUCUUACAAUGAUGGCAGUUUGUCACACAGCAGUACCAGAGUGGGAAGGUGAUAAGAUUAUUUACCAGGCAGCAUCUCCAGAUGAAGGAGCCUUGGUCAGAGCAGCCAAGCAACUGAAUUUUGUUUUCACUGGAAGAACACCUGACUCAGUGAUUAUAGAUUCACUGGGGCAGGAAGAAAGAUACGAAUUGCUCAAUGUCUUGGAGUUCACCAGCGCUAGAAAAAGAAUGUCAGUGAUUGUUCGCACUCCAUCCGGGAAGUUACGACUUUACUGCAAAGGAGCCGACACUGUAAUUUAUGACCGACUGGCAGAGACUUCAAAAUACAAAGAAAUUACCCUAAAACAUUUAGAGCAGUUUGCUACAGAAGGGUUAAGAACUUUGUGUUUUGCCGUGGCUGAGAUUUCAGAGAGCGACUUUCAGGAGUGGCGAGCAGUCUAUCAGCGGGCAUCCACGUCCGUGCAGAACAGGCUGCUGAAACUGGAAGAGAGCUACGAGUUAAUUGAAAAGAAUCUUCAGCUACUUGGAGCCACAGCCAUCGAGGAUAAAUUACAAGAUCAAGUGCCUGAAACCAUAGAAACUCUAAUGAAAGCAGACAUCAAAAUCUGGAUCCUUACAGGAGACAAGCAGGAAACUGCCAUUAACAUUGGACACUCCUGCAAACUUUUGAGGAAGAACAUGGGAAUGAUUGUUAUAAAUGAAGGCUCUCUUGAUGGAACAAGGGAAACUCUCAGUCGUCACUGCACUACCCUUGGUGAUGCUCUUCGGAAAGAGAAUGACUUUGCUCUUAUAAUUGAUGGGAAAACCCUCAAGUAUGCCUUAACUUUUGGAGUACGGCAGUAUUUUCUGGACUUAGCUUUGUCGUGCAAAGCUGUUAUUUGCUGCAGGGUUUCUCCUCUUCAAAAAUCUGAAGUUGUUGAGAUGGUUAAGAAACAAGUUAAAGUCAUAACACUUGCCAUUGGCGAUGGAGCAAAUGACGUCAGCAUGAUACAGACGGCACAUGUUGGAGUGGGAAUAAGUGGCAAUGAAGGCCUUCAGGCAGCUAAUUCUUCUGACUACUCCAUAGCUCAGUUCAAAUAUUUGAAGAAUUUGUUGAUGGUUCAUGGUGCCUGGAACUAUAACAGAGUCUCCAAGUGCAUUUUGUACUGCUUCUACAAGAAUAUAGUCCUCUAUAUUAUUGAGAUCUGGUUUGCCUUCGUUAAUGGCUUUUCUGGACAGAUCCUCUUUGAGAGAUGGUGCAUAGGUCUUUAUAACGUGAUGUUUACAGCAAUGCCACCCUUAACUCUGGGAAUAUUUGAGAGAUCAUGCAGAAAAGAGAAUAUGUUGAAGUAUCCUGAAUUAUACAAAACAUCUCAGAAUGCCCUGGACUUCAACACCAAGGUUUUCUGGGUUCAUUGUUUAAAUGGCCUCUUCCACUCAGUUAUUCUGUUUUGGUUUCCACUAAAAGCCCUUCAGUAUGGUACUGUAUUUGGAAGUGGGAAAACCUCUGAUUACCUGCUGUUGGGAAACUUCGUUUACACUUUUGUGGUCAUAACUGUGUGUUUGAAAGCUGGAUUGGAGACAUCAUAUUGGACCUGGUUCAGCCACAUAGCGAUCUGGGGCAGCAUCGCACUCUGGGUGGUGUUUUUUGGAAUCUACUCAGCUCUGUGGCCUGCUGUCCCCAUGGCCCCUGAUAUGUCAGGAGAGGCAGCCAUGUUGUUCAGUUCCGGAGUCUUUUGGACAGGCCUGUUAUUUAUCCCUGUGGCAUCUUUGCUUCUUGACGUGGUGUACAAAGUGAUCAAGAGGACUGCGUUUAAAACAUUAGUGGAUGAAGUUCAGGAGCUGGAGGCAAAAUCUCAAGACCCAGGAGCCGUUGUGCUUGGAAAAAGCCUCACGGAGAGGGCGCAACUGCUCAAGAAUGUCUUUAAGAAGAACCACGUGAACUUGUACCCAUCAGAAUCAUUGCAACAAAACCUGCUCCACGGGUAUGCUUUCUCUCAAGAUGAAAAUGGAAUCGUCUCACAGUCUGAAGUGAUUAGAGCGUAUGAUACCACAAAGCAGAGACCCGAAGAGUGGUGA